CACGAGCCUCUGGGUAGUACGACAAGCUCAGUUCAACAUCGCCCAAAGCUUCCCCCUUCCAAACCAUCCCACCACAUUCCCAGAGGCAUAAUGACAUCCCUUUCAGCAUCAUCACUGGCAUUGGCGCUUCCGAAACCCAAAUACACAGGCGAGGAUGAGGAACCCCCUUCGCGUGCCCAGCAGCGCGGCCCGCGCGUCGUCGGCGUCGGACAAAUCGACGAAACCCAAAUCGUGUUAAAGAGGUCGGGACCUCCACCGUACCGGCAGAGAGCCGGAUGGCGACCGCGAUCACAGGAGGACUUCGGAGAUGGAGGCGCUUUCCCCGAGAUUCCCGUCGCCCAAUACCCCCUGGACAUGGGCAAGAAGACAGCCACCACCAGCAACGCCUUGACCGUCCAAGUCGACGCCGAAGGAAAAGUUGCCUACGAUGCCAUAGCCCGACAGGGACACAGCGCAGACCGAAUCAUCCACACCUCCUUCAAGGAUUUGAUCCCGCUGCGACAGCGGGCCGAUGCAGGCGAGAUCGAUCUCAGUCGGCCGAGUGCGGAGGAGGUGGCCGCCGCGACAGAGAAGACAAAGAAUGCUCUGGCAGCCCUCGUAAAUACCGCCGUAGCCUCGCAGAAACCGAAGAACGUCAACGUCGGUUCACGGAGAGACGCGACUUUCGUUCGCUACACGCCGGCCAGCCAGAUGGGCGACAACUCCAAAAAACAGGACCGUAUCAUGAAGAUUGUCGAGGCGCAAAGAGACCCAAUGGAGCCUCCCAAGUUCAAGCACAAGAAGAUUCCCCGGGGCCCGCCGAGUCCGCCUCCGCCCCUCAUGCACUCCCCUCCUCGAAAACUUACCGCCGAGGACCAAGAGAUGUGGAGGAUCCCACCACCCGUCUCAAACUGGAAGAACCCCAAGGGUUUCACGGUGCCUUUGGAUAAGCGGCUUGCCGCUGACGGGAGAGGGUUGCAGGAUAUUGCCAUCAACGACAAAUUCGCCCAGUUCUCCGAAGCACUCUACGUCGCCGAUCGGCAUGCGCGGGAGGAAGUCCGGCAACGUGCACAGAUGCAGCAAAGGUUGGCCGAAAAGGAGAAAGCACAGAAGGAGGAGCAUCUACGCAUGCUGGCGCAAAAGGCAAGGGAAGAACGCUCCCGCGGAGGACGUCGACGCUCUGGCUCUGGUUCCCGGUCUCGUUCUCGUUCUCGUUCUCGUUCUCGUUCGUACAGCGGCUCCGACGCGGAGGGCUCUGCCAGCGACGACUCCGAAGUCCGCGAACGUGAGAAGGCUCGACGGGAAAGAAUGCGGGAAGAAGAGCGGAAACUGCGACAGUCGCGCAUGGGUGCAGAGAGGCGGAUCCAAGUCAUGGCCAGAGAACAAAACCGAGACAUCUCAGAGAAGAUCGCCCUAGGACUGGCGAAACCCACCCAAUCCAAAGAAGCCAUGUACGAUUCCAGGUUAUUCAACCAGACGAGCGGGUUCGACAGCGGGUUCAACGAAGAUAACCCCUACGACAAGCCACUCUUUGCGGCGCAAGAUGCCAUCAGCAGUAUAUAUCGACCCCGCGCGAACGUGGAUGACGAGGAGGAUGAGGCGGCUGGAGAGAAAGAGAUGGCCAAGAUCCAGAAAACAAGCCGAUUCGGAGAGGUUCUGGGUAGGGGGACCUUCAAAGGCGCAGAGGAUGCCGAGGCACGUGAGGGGCCCGUCCAAUUCGAAAAGGAUGCCGGAGACCCAUUUAACGUAGAUAAGUUUCUGUCCGAAGUAGAGACGAGUACGGCAGCGAAGAGAGGCUAUGGCCUGCAGGAAGAGGAUUCACGGAAGCCCAAGAAGGCGAGGGUGGACGAAGAUGAAGAUUAAUGGACAAGAAGGCAUUUGGAGAAUAAGAUAUAUCGGGCAGUGUGUUUCGGCCAAGGGGAAGGACUGGCUAGACCAUGCCGUCCUCUGGCUGACGGCAUCAACAAUCACUAUUCUGAAUGCAUGGAUUUGCCUGUCCGAAGGCCAAACGAGCAGAUGUCAACCCAAUCGUUCCGUUGCACCUAAGCCAAAGACUAGAUUCCAUCUAUGUUUGAUCUCCAUAGAGACCAGUCAUAACAACGUACAGGAGUGGCGACUUGGCCAGGACUUCAUGUGAGGGCCAAACUUCCAUAUAAUUAAAUAAAUAUCCUCAUUUAUCCCUCGG